UCCCUCCCACCUCCCUCCCCAUACCAUCCCUCUGGGUCAUCCCAGUGCACCAGCCCCAAGCUUCCUGUAUCCUGCAUUGAACCUAUUUUUAAAUAAGAUUAUGUUAAAAAAGUUUUCAUACUCAAACUGAGACCUGAUCUACCUUUUCAAAAAACUCCAACCCCAAGAUUUGAUAAUUAUAUAAAUUCAACUUUAAAAACUGUCUACUCCAUUCUUGUCUUCCCUUAGCACAUCUUACUCAUCCUUGAGGUCUUAGCUUAAAUAUCAUUUCUCCUCGAAAGCUUUCCCCCAACCUUCCUGACUUCAGCUUUGGUAAAUCCUUUUAUCACAGGUCCCCCAGUUUCCCUUUGGUAAGACUCAUCAAACUUGCAGUUACUUGGCUGUGGUCAGUUGUUGGCCUCUGUUAUCCAUAAAGCCAUGAUCUAAACUUCUUGGUCACUGCUAAUCACCCAGCACUUAGGACAGUGCCUGGGCCAUAGAAGCUACCCAAUAAAUACCUAACUGAGUGUCACAUCUGAUCAUCUAAGGUAUGGGAUAUUGGCACAUAUCUGCCUCUAAUUGUGCCCUUCAUCUUGAGGGCAUCACUCUUGCUCCUGAUUACAGCAAGACUCAUAGAAUUGAGUACUAGAAGAAACUUAAAGAUUAUCCCAUCUGAGCACCCAUGGAUGUCAGACAUGCUGUAGAACAUUCAACAAUCCAAGAUUGUCCAAUCUUAGUUUGAAUACGAAGGACAGAAAUUACUUUCAAAGGCUACCCAUUGUGUCCUGGACAGCUCUGAUUGUCAGAUUUCCUAGAGCUUAGUUCAUUUCAUAUUCUCACAGAAUGAUUUAAUAUUUUUUGAUAAUAUUGACAACAUAGAUAGGCUUUCCGGUCUAAACUGAGUGUUAGUCACUCAGUCGUGUUUGACCCUUUGCAACCCCAUGGAACUUGGGGUUGGGGGAAGGAGUCAAAAUUUCUCUUCCUAUGAAUAGUCUCUCAAAUGGGAACCUAGCUAACUUGAAAUAGAAAGACUUCAUUCAUUCAUACAUGCCAAAAAUAUCAGUUGGGUGCUAAAUGUGUCUAGCAUGGGAACCAGCAUCAGUAGGACUUAGAGAGAUGUCCCAAAAUAUGGAGUCUUCCCCAGGGAGAUAAAGAUGUUUAUAAGAUCAAAUGAUCACAGCAACAUAGGAACUGCCAAGGGAGAGCUGAGGCAGAGUAUCCUGAGAGCCAAAUGACAGGGUUGGAUAGAAAGUGUUUUAAGAGCUUUGCGAAGGUGGUACGUCUGGGAAGCCUGGGAAUACAGGGGGCAGGGAUCUAGGAAGGGUUCAUUUAGGAAGUGGGAUUUCAGUUGAGCACUAUGGACAGGAAACAUGAGGCAGUGGGUAAACCACCUUGCCAAUCAGGCUGGAGACAUGUCUUCCCAAGAUGGACAGGGAGGGGCUUGGUGAGAUGGGGAAGUUAGAGGGCAGCUAGCUGGGGGAACCACUUCCCUCUCCCCAGGACUGUCAGUCUGCCUCCAGCAGCAUCUUGUCAGCUUGUCUUCCUUACAGCCUCCAGGGCUGACCAGGUCACACUCCCAGGACACAGGCUACUGGCAUGGGAGCACUUCUGUGGCUGCUCCUCCUCGUGCUGUCCCAGGAAGCUGAAGGGUACUCUGGAGAUGGUGUGGAUCCUGAGGAAGUGGUUGGGAUUCUUCACGAGUCCAUCAGCCUCCCCCUGGAAAUGCCAUUUGAUGAGGAGGUUGAGAACAUCAUCUGGUCCUCCCACAAAAGGCUUGCCACUGUGGUCCCAGAGAAAGAGGGACAUCCGGCUACCAUCAUGGUGACCGACCCUCGCUAUGAUGGCCGAGUAAACUUCCUGGAGCCCACCUACUCCCUCCACAUCCAAAAUCUGAGCUGGGAGGACUCAGGAUCUUACCAAGCUCAAGUCCACCUGAGGACGUCCCAGGACUCCACCAUGCAGCAGUACAAUCUACGCGUCUAUCAACGCCUGUCACAGCCUCACAUGACAGUGAAGUUUGGGAUCCCUGGGGAAGAAGGUGCCUGUAAUAUAUCCCUGAUAUGCUCUGUAGAGAAUGCGGGCCUGGAUGUGACCUACACCUGGAUAUCCUGGGAAGAUGGCGCUGACACAGCCCAUGAAGGCGCCAUCCUCAGAGCAUUCUGGAGGCCUGGGGACAAGGCUGUCUCUUACACCUGCAGGGCCAGCAACCCUGUCAGCAACAUCACUUCCCGUCCCAUCCAAGCUGGGUCCUUCUGUGCAGGUGACCCCCUCCACGCCGCCUGCUUUCCACAACUGCCUUUGGAGAAGAAAGUGAGUCUAAAAGACCUCCUCACAAUGCGGUGUUGGUACGUUAUUAUUCACGCCUAACCCAUUCCCCACCAACACACAUAACAUUUACACUUCAAUAAGAAGAGUGAGAGAUUCCUUUUAAUCUAAAUGAAGCUGUGACUCCUGAAUGGGAAAUUUCAGGCACCAAGAACUCUGCAUGAAUGUGGUAUUAUUCCUAUUAUUCCUGCCAAUUCUUCUGCUUUCAUACCCUCCUUACACCCUGGCCAAAGAGUUCACUAAGCGACUCACCCACCCGAUGUUAAUCUACCGACUGUCCUGCACAGGGAGCUAUGAAGCACCCCAGUGCAAUCCUACUCUGGGUCUCAGUUGAGCUGGUGACCUUUCCAUCAUCUCCCUGAUGCCAGUUGCUCUGGGCCUCUGGUGCUUGCCCCAUAGAGAUGGCAACUCAGUUGGAUUAAUAGCAUAGGUCUGAAUACUUCCCUGGUGAUCCAGUGGCUAAGACUGCAGGCUCCCAGUGCAGGGGCCCAGGUUGGAUCCCUGGUCAGGGAACUUAUAUCCCACGUGCUGCAACUAAGAGUUUGCAAGCUGCAACUAGAGAAGUGGCAUCCUUCAAUGAAGAUCAAAGAUCUCGUGUGUGGCAGCUAAGACCUGGUGCAACCAAAUAAUUCAAUAAAAUAAAAACAAAUAUUUUAAAAAACAGCAGAGGUCGAGACUCUUGACUCCUGUUUGUAUUUGGUAUUAGAGUCCUGUCUAUUCCUUACCCAUAGAUUUCCAUGUCUCACACCUUCUCUCUGGACUGUUGUCCUGGGUUGCCUGCCCCCUACACAUAUAUUACCCUCCCCUCCCCCUGCUCUCCUGGCAAAGACCUUUAAUUUUAUAUUCUUGCUCUUUCCCAAGCCCAGUAAUCAGUAUGAAUUCCUCACCCUCUGCUUAAGUCUUGGUCGUCCUCCCCAAAUCAGAUCUUGUGAAUGCUACUUAAUGUAGCUGCCAUGGCAGGGUGCGGAGUGGGGGGUGAAAUGGGGAGGGGACUGAAAGCCACUCAUGCCACAGGACGUGCUGAGGGAGUGAGUGACCUGGAGGAGGGUGGUGUGGGAUACUGUAGUGUCACGGUCUUCGUAGACCAGGACCUGGGGACUGGAGUCAAUGAGAAGAAGGACACAGGGUCCCAAGUCUUGAGUGAAACAAGGGUCCUUUAUUUGAAGAAAUGCAUGCUUAUAUAUCUUCAGUAAAAUGAUUACUCAACCAUUAAAAAUAAUGAAAUUCCACCAGUUGCAACAAAAUGGAUAGUCCUAAAAGGUCACUGAAGAGAGUCACUGAAGAGAAUCCAAGCAGGUGCUCUUUCCCAUGAUCUCAGUCCUGAGAACUGCGUGCAGCUCUGUUCAUUUCUGUUUCCCAGGAACUGAAAAGCAAUAGAGAGUCCUUGAGAAAGGGCACACAAAGGAAGAAAACAACAUAUUGGAUCCCUUCAAGUUGAGCGUCCCCUGACACUGUAGGGAGAGCCCCGGGUGGGAUCCCAGGAGAUCUGGGCUGUGCUCUGCCACUGGCCUCUGGCUUGGGACACGUGGUCCAGCAGAUGUCCACGGAGGCACCGUCCCUUUUGACUAGAAACAUGCCCUUUGAAGAGAGCAGGCACAGGUACAGCUGACUGGUGCUCCAAGGCUAAGGGAACGCCUUGGCUCUGACAGGGACGGGAUGGGCUGGUAACCCCAGGGAAUUUUAG